AUGUGUGGUAUCUUUAUGCACUACAAUGGCGACAAUGCAAGUCCUAAGGAUUAUUUUGCAGAGUUUGACGAAGACCAGCUUUCGAAUAUGCAUUAUACAAAUUGCACAGACCAGCUCGGCGACUUGAAGAGUGUGAUACCUCUAGUUGUUCAAAGAGGACCCAAUUAUGCAUCAUUGAGAGUUUCUGAACAGGAUAAAAUGCUGUGGUUCUCAUCGAUUCUGUCUCUGAGAGAUCCGUUGACGAAACAAAGCAUAGACAUCCAAGAUAGGUUUGUUCUUCAAUACAAUGGGGAAUGCUAUAAUUCUUCGAUUUUGCAUAACGAUACCCAAUGGAUCGUGGACCAAUUGACCCAGUAUAGUGAUGUUCCUCGCGUUAUAAGGCUUCUUUCGGGAGAAUUUGCAUACACUGUUUACGACAGACUCACGAAGCAGGUAUUUUUUGGCAGAGACUCGAUUGGCAAACGGAGCUUGAGCUUUCGUUUGGGUGAAGAGGCCCAAGAGCUUACCGUCUCUAGUGUCACUGGAAAAACCGAGGGCUUCGAAAACUGCGUGGCUGGCGUGAUCUACGUGUACGACACAGCAACGAAUACGCUUAGCGCGGAGUGCAAGAUUAAACCAGCGGACUUUGUCGUGUCAAGCAAAGAAGACCCGGAACUACUUGAAGUCGAAACACAUACGGAGAAUCUUAUGAUAUGUCUCAGUGAUGCCGUGAAAUGCAGACUGGAGACUAUCCAUCCGCUUCACACUGAAAACAGCCCAAUCGCCAUUCUGUUUUCUGGAGGGCUUGACUGCUCCGUAAUCGCUGCCCUGGUGUGCCAGCAUAUCACAAAUUCUGGUAGUUAUGCCAAGGUUGAGCUCCUUAACGUUGGUUUUGAGAACCCUAGGACAGGACUCAUGCCGGAAGACGUCCCCGACCGAUUAUUAGGUCAAACAUCCUACAAGACUUUACAAGCACUCUAUCCUGAAGUUGACAUUAGAUUUCUUGAAGUCGACGUCGGCUAUGAAGACUACCUGAAGUACAAAACUCAGAUAUUGAACUUAAUAUAUCCCAAGCAGACAGAAAUGGACCUGUCUAUUGCGGCCGCCUUUUACUUCGCCGCGAGAGGCGAAGCUUUUUUGACAGAUGAUGAAAAGGAAACCAGAACGCGCUACAACAGAAAAGGCAUUGUUCUUUUUAGCGGUCUGGGUGCAGACGAGUUGUACGGCGGUUACCACAAGCUGGCGAAUAAAUCCAAAGAUGAGCUCGUCACAGAACUCGAGAGGCAAAUCAAUAAUAUUCAUGACCGGAAUUUGAGUCGUGAUGACAAAGUGCUAGCAUCAAAUGGCGUGGAGGUGCGCUAUCCCUUUCUGGACGAGACUGUCGUUGAGUUUUCAACGAAACUGCCGCUCAAUUACAAGAUAAAUAAAAUGAUCUUGAGAAGGCUGGCGCAGAACAAGCUUCUAUUGAUAGACAUAGGCACAGAGCCGAAGCGGGCCAUCCAGUUCGGUGCAAAAAGUGCCAAGAUGACAAAAAAUGGGAACAAGCACGGCACAGAUCUUGUCAAAGACAGUUGA